CAGGCAUGUUCAGUGGGCACAUUUAAGCUCGACAUUUUACGAAGAGCUAAGGACAUUAGUGAGUGAUGUCAUAAGUGAGGCCGAUCUGAAAUGCUUAUAAAUGACCAUUGCAUAUUGAUAGAAGCUGGUAGGCAACAGAACAAAUGCAUCAACAAAUGCAUCAAGUGUGAAUAUGUGGCGAACACAUCCCAGCUGGUGGUAAUUUGAUGAUGCAUGACGAUCAUUUUCAUCAAAUGUUUUAGUUGUGUUGCUAAAAGCAUUCUGGAUCAACUUGGCUUCAACUGUUUCGCGACCACCCUUGCUUCCCGGAUUGAACGACGUGUGUCAUAACUGUACAUGCGACAUAUUUCCAACACCAUGUCCGCUACAACAUGGGAGAAUGGUACUAUGAGUGACGUAACAACAGCUUUAUUCCUAGGAAAGAAUUUUCGGGUUAAGUCUCACGACGAUGCCACUUGGAUACUCAGCAGCGCUUUUGUGGUGUUUACCAUGCAGUCAGGGUUUGGUCUGUUGGAAAGUGGCUCCGUCUCCAGUAAGAAUGAAGUGAACAUCAUGGUGAAGAACGCCGUGGAUGUUAUCUGUGGAGGACUGACAUAUUGGAUGUUCGGAUAUGGACUGAGUUUUGGUGAAGAUGAACGCUACACUAACCCUUUCAACGGCUGGGGGGACUUUUUUGUGACGGCGGACGAGGAAAGUUUGGGAUACGUGUAUUCAAAGUUCUUUUUUCAGGCGUCAUUUGCAACGACAGCUACAACGAUCGUUUCAGGCGCUAUGGCGGAGAGGACAAAGCUUGAGGCGUACAUCAUAUUUUCCUUACUGAAUACAUUCGUAUACUGUUUCCCUGCCCACUGGUUCUGGGGUAAACAAGGAUGGUUACAGACUAUGGGUGUGAUUGACAUCGCUGGAGCAGGACCAGUGCAUUUAGUUGGAGGGGUCACUGGCUUGGUGUCCACUCUUCUUUUGAAGCCUCGUCACAAUCGCUUCAAGAGUAAGAAAGCACCUCAAAUGGGAUCGCCUACAAAUGCAAUGCUUGGCAUGUUUAUGCUGUGGUGGGGUUGGCUUGGAUUUAAUUGUGGAAGCACUUUUGGAAUAUCCGGGUUGAAGUGGAAGUUGGCAGCCAGAUCGGCUGUUUCGACUAUAUGUGCAUCGACAUCUGGAGGGAUUGUUGGACUCCUCCUGAGCUACAUUGUGAAGAAGCGUCAGUUUGAUGUGGGUUAUCUGAUUAACAGCAUCCUUGGAUCUCUUGUUGCUAUAACUGCCACGUGUGCAAUAGCCCAUCCUUGGGAAGGGUUGUUGAUCGGAGUAGUUGGGGCAUGUCUCACAAUACUUGGUAUCAUCGUCCUCGAGAAGCUCAAGAUUGAUGACCCUGUUGGCUGUGUUGGAGUCCACGCUGUGGGCGGUGUAUGGAGCCUGCUCGCGGCAGGGUUUUUGUCGAGAAAGGACUCAUUUGCAAGCGAACUUCAACUUCACAACGUGCACGAUGGUGUCCUCGCUGGCGGAGGUUUUCACCAGCUUGGCAUUCAAACUCUUGCUGUAGUCGUUUUGAUCGGAUGGUCUUUUGUGACCUCAUUUAUAUUUCUGAAAAUAAUUGACAUGGUUAUUGGUCUUCGGGUCCCUUUAUGUGAAGAGAUACUAGGGGCUGAUAUGAUCGAACACGGGAUUGGUGAGGCUACCUACGACAAGAAAACAAAGAAGGUUGUGUAUGAUGACGAGGAGGAUUUCCUUGUAGGCCGGGCCAGUGGUCAACGUACGCAUAGCCUCGGUAAACAUACAGACCAAUGCUACAAGAGAUACCAAGCACAUUACCAGAUGCACAAGAGGCGCCUUCUCAAAAGAUUCCACUUCUACAUGAAAGGUCGUCUAUGGAAGACUCAUAAACUAGAUCCAGAUGACAAACCCUGCGAUCAAGGGCAGGCAUAUUCUAACGACAGUGAUGGCGUUCCUAGGGCCAUAGGGGACCAGUACGAUGGUUUCUUGUAUGAAGACUUUGGACAUUCAGACAGUAAAAUGAACGGCAGAUUUCACUAUAACACGCCGAGGCAGGAGUCAGAUAUGAACUGUUACAGCAUGUGGAUCGACGGGCCCAGGGAAACACAGAGGGACAAGAGGACGGAAGGUACACCACAGGCACUUCAUUCAGAUCAUGCUGUUCGUUCCAAGAUGCCUGAAAUGACGUACAUUUGACUGCCUUUCUUUGUGGUAGCUUUGGUAUUGCCUUGUGCUUGGCCCUGAUUGACAUUUGUGACAAAUGAGGGCCCGUCCUUAUACGACUGCAGCAUAAUUUAUACUUACUGUUAAUACGCAUGUUGUCUUUGCGUAUGUAGGCUAAUCCAAACAGUGAUCAUAACUUUUUCAGACCAAAUAUAUAUUAUUCAGUUGAGAAUUAUAGUCACAUCAGCAAUAUUUUAGUUAUAUCGCGACGUUUUAUUACAUUAAUAAUUCAUUUAUUUAAAGGCUAUAAAUCUCGUUGACAAAGGACAGUAAUGAGAUUAUCACAUAUAUAGAUAUGAAACUAGUAUGCAACCACAGAAAUUGGACUAUUCAUAACAAGACUUUAUAACAAUAGGCUUUUGUAACUAAAGGCCACCACACUUUGCACCAUGGGAACUUACGGUACAUCAGCUUCCUGCAUUGUACCCCAGCCGGAUUCUGUACUUUUAGAUAUUUGAUACGUAUAAUAUGAUAUUUUAUACCAUGUACAUAAUAGUACAUAUGAAGUACCUUUAUAAAUAGUGAGUGAGUGAGUUUGGUAUAACACCGCUUUGAACAGAAAAUGUCAGUUCUGUCACGGCGUGUCAGCUUGUUGUGGAAGGAAAGCUCGAAUUGGUGCAGGUCUCAGACGUUUGGUGCUGACAAACCUAGAAACAUCAUCAGAGUGAACCUGGCAUCUCCACGAACAUAAUAUGUGACCAACACAUCUCCACGAACAUAAUAUGUGACCAACCACGAGAUAAGGGACAUUAUGGGUAUAAAAAAAUAUAUCACAUUUUGCCUUCUCAUUAUUUUUUAAAACUUCACGAUCUUAUAUUAGGAACACGAAAAUACAACUCACAUGGCAUCGCAUUGUUUAAGUAAUAAUUGCAGUAUUUAGAUAUUAUGUUUGAUUUUUAUGCUUUAAUGCUGAAAGGUUUUGAAAUAAUGGUUUUAUUACAUUACGAACUAACGAGAGUAAAAUUCGGAUAUUUCUCUGUAGUCUGCACACAUGGCGAUUUUUACUGCAGUACGUUGACGUCAAACGUCUUUAUGACGUCACAGCAGAAUUCUUUCGUAACACCAUAAGGUCCAUUUUUUCCUGGUGGGUCACAGGCAAUACUAAGGGACGCAACUCCGACACAUAGCGAACUGCCCUAUUAUGAGUAAUAGAUUCGGAAAAGGUCAGGAAAAUGAUGUGUUGUAAAUGGCUCCUCAUUUCACAGAAAACUUGCGUGUUUUAAAACAGUGACCGAAACACAGAAUGCUAAAUGGUAGUACUUUAAUAGCAAUAACCCUAUCAAAUGUUGUACAGUAUAUAAACGUUAUGAUUAAUGGUCAUAGUCGUCUCAUUGUAAUGGCUUUACAGUUUUAAACAUAUACGCUGAGUCAAAUGUUGAACAGCUUUAAUUACAUCUAAACUUAUAUUGUUAAUUUUUUUUCGUACUCAGCUAUAGUGGUAACAUGUAUAAUUAUCGUUAGAUAAUAAUCAUAGAUGAAUAAUAUAAUCAACAGUUUGAAGAUACAUGAAGUCGUGUCUACAAUAUUAUGCCUCACACAGCGGUUUUGCAGCACUAUCGACAGCAUAUAUAUAUAUAUAUAUAUAUAU